GGGGACAUUCAUCUCAUCCUCCAGUUCUUCCAAGUUACCUAGAAAGUUCCACUACAGGUGUGUCUAUCUCCAGGUAUGGACAGCACGUGGAAAGAAAUCCCAGAAUCCUCCCUGAGAUGACGAGACUUGUGGUAGUAGAUGGGACAGAGUUAAAGCUGGAAGGACAUGAACGAGCUCUGAGUCUGAGUCCGCCUUGUUAAGGUCUGCACUGAGACCUACAAUAUGGGAGGAGAGGAUCUGAUAAAGUCAUUGGUGGCUGAAGAGGACGCAUGGGGGCUGCAGGCUCCCCUUCCUGGGUCCAGCAUGCAAUGUGAUUUUAGCCAAACGCCUGGCCUUUUCUGGACUUCUGUCUCCCCGCCAGUCCAUGCAGGGUUGCAUCUAAGGUCCUAAACCCCAAGGCCUCAGUAGUUUCUGUGAGCUCUUCCCGGUCAGUGCAGCCCCACAGUUGCCCAGCAAGGGGUUAAGCUCUUGGCGCCAGCUCCGCACAGCAAACCCCCUCCUUUUCACAAACACUUGUAGGAAAUCAGGCUGGGCGCUUCCUGUGAGAAGGAGGAGGCAAGGCCAGGCCUCAGCUGCAGGGGCGGGGAGAAGUGAGGAGCGAUGCUUGUCUGUGAGCUGAGGCGGUUCUGGCUGGCAGAGCAGUCUGGAGGCGGUCCAGGGUGCUGUGGAGGCAGGGGGCUCCCCAGGUUUGAAACAAAGACCUCGUGGGCAGCUCCCCUGAGCCCAGGCCGGCAGGAUGGUGGUGUAGUCCAAGUGAGUAGGCCCCAGGCAAGAUGGCUGGUGCUGAAAGGAGCCACCUGUGACUUGGACCCCCAGCUGCAGCUCAGUCUCCUGAAGAUGAAGUGGCCCAGGUGAAGCUAGGCCAAGCCCCAUGGCCAGCUCAGGGACAGAGGCACGCUGGGCUGGGCCAGGCCUGGGACAAGGGCCCCGCAGGAGGCGCUGGGCUUGGGCUGAGGAGCAAAAUGCAGAUGGAAGCAGUGACCAAGGCUGGGGAAAUGAGCAGUCUCUUCCUAAAGCCACCAGCCCUGAGCUCCUGGAGGACUUCCGCCGGGCACAGGAGCACCCACCACCACCCCUGGAGUGGGACCCAGACAUGCAGGAGUCUGAAGAGUCUUCUGGAGAAGAGACUGAAGCUGAUGAUGUGAGCAGCCCAGAGGGUUCCACCUUGCCUCUGCCCUGGCUCUCCAGGCACAAUCAGCCGCUGGACCUGUCUGCAGAGGAACUGGAUGAGGCCCCUGGAAGCCCUGAGGUGGAGCUAGCUGAAGAGAGCUGCACGGAACUGGAGUGUGAAGACCCGGGAGAUUCCAGCCCUGCGGCUCUGGAGCAGGGACCAGCCGGAGGCUGGGUGGCCUCUAUCAAACAAGGCGGUAAACACAGACCUUCUGAACACUCUACGGCCCAUCCAUCUGUUGAACACAGCCCCGCAAAGUCCUGGAGCAGUGGGACUGUGAGUCUCGGUCAACCUAGUGACAGCCUUGAUUCUACCUGGGAAGGAGACACCGAUGUCCCCCAGCCUGCCGCGCUGGCCGAAGCCCUGCCACACCACAACCUCCCACAGCCAGAUGACAGAAACGGAGGUGGCGUUGCUCCGGCAACACCCACAGAAUUCCGGGACUCCUUGGCAGCACCAGCCCAGAAUCCUCAGUGCUCUGCAGGCACAUGGGGGCCAGAAACCACCAGCCUGCCCAGCUCUCAGCCUGAGGACCAAACCUGGAAGAGAACUAAGACGUCACCGAAGCCACUGCCCUCACGGUUUACCGGCUCUCUCAGCCCCAUGAGCACUCGGCUUGGGGCAGUAAAGAAAGUUUCGUCACAGCGCAAUCGGGGAGCCACUCUGGCUGGCCACUCUUCUUCAGAUGCCCCCAAGUAUGGCCGGGGGCGCCUGAACUACCCACUCCCUGACUUCUCCAAGGUGGGACCCCGGGUGAAGUUUCCCAAAGAUGAGAACUACCGACCCCCCAAGUCCAGAGGCCACAAUAGGCAACAAGGCCCUACCAGACCCCUAAUCUUCAAGUCGCCAGCCGAGAUCGUUCGAGAUGUCCUGCUGAGCGGCGGAGAGGGAUCCCUGGCCAACGACCCUUCUCUUACCCACCCUGUCACCAGGGUACCCCAGGAGUUCCAGACACCCGAACAAGCCACUGAGCUGGUCCAUCAACUGCAGGAGGACUAUCACAAGCUCCUCACCAAGUACGCGGAGGCUGAGAACACUAUCGACCAGCUUCGCCUCGGGGCCAAGGUACACCUGUAUUCAGACCCACCCCAGCCCAGGCAGAGCAUCUGCUCUGGGUCAAUGCCACAAGGAAGCAAGGUCUUGUCCUUCUCUAUCCCACAACCCAGAUCAGCAGAGUGGUGGCCUGGCCCUGCGCAGAAUCCACAGGCUUCUGAGGCCACAGGGUGGCCGUCCCCACGAGCAGACCUGAGUCCCUCCUCGUCCCCCAGCAUGGCCACCCCAGGGCGGCUUCCUCAGAGCCAAGGCGUUGCCACAGACCAGCCUGCCACAGAACAGCCCCAGGCACUGACCUCUCAGGCCAGCCGGCUCCUAGCCAAGGUGGACUCCUACGAGGAACUGGUACUGGCCGGACAUCUCCCACCCCAGGACCAAAUCAAGAGCUUGGAGCAGCUGAGAGCAGCCCACGUGGCCCUUGAGGCAGAAUACCUUCAGGCCUGCAGAGAACGGCACCUGGACCCAAAGCUUGAUGCCUCCAAGGGGAGUCCCAAGACCCUCAAUCUCUGCAGGGAGCUAGAGACAGAGAUAUACCACCUGGGGCAGCGCCUGGAAGAGCUGCAGGACCAUAUGGACCAGACCCAAGGAGAGCCAGAAUCGUACAGGCCAGACCUGCAGGACAGCACCCCAGCCACACCUUUCCUGGCCUGGCCAACUCAUCCGCCUACACCUUCAGGACCAGUCUCCUCGCCAGCUGCCCACACCAGCCAUGAGCCUGCCGCCACCGCCACCUCCCCAAGGAGCUCUUUCAGACUCCCCGUGAACAAGGAGGUGAACCUGGGCGGCAUCAAGGCAGAGGAAAGCCCGAGAGAGCUCCCAGUGCCACUCAGGGACAGGGAGCUUCAGGUGGAACAGGACUUCCAUGGCCUUCUGGAGCGAUACCUCAGCGUGAAGUCCUUCCCUGAAGCCUUGAGGGUGGAAGAUGAGGACCUGGAGGAGGAAGAAGAGCAGGAGCACCAUGGUACCUUGGAAGUUGACGGUCCAGCCACAGCUCCAGGGACAGCAGAAGCCACAAGGGUACCCCCAGGACAGCGCCCAGCACAGGCUGAGGAAAGCCAUAGGGCUGCUAUCCAGGAAGACGAGGAACAGGCGGUAUCCAUGAAACCGCCGAGCUUCCGGACAUCCAUGGCCAGAGAUAGGUACACACCAGGCCUGGAUACAGCUGAAGUGGCUCAGCGGAGCACCAAACCCAUGGCAUCUCAUCAGAGCAGUCUAACCAGCCUGGAGGAGAGCGGGCCCACAGAGCUCCUACCUCGAAAAGCUCUGCUUCGGGCUGGCGGGUCCCACACUGAGGAGCCCUGGAUGGUGUCACCGGAGACAGACAGUGGCUUCGUGGGCUCAGAAACCAGCAUAGUGUCACCUUUUACCCAGACCCCAGAGCACCGGCUCUCCCAUAUCAGCACUCUAAAGACAUCAGCCCCACACCUCACUGCUUCUGUGCCUGGUGAUGGAGCCUCUCCUCCCAAGGCCAGGGGUUCUGUGGUUCCCAGAAGAGCCACCGAGGCUGGAACACCCAGAAGCCGAACCCAGUGGCAUCUCUCCAGUCUGAGCGGCUCUCUCCGGAGAGGGGCACACAGCUCCCCACCGGAACAGGCACCAGCGGUUGAGAUGGGGGUUCCCAGGUCUGAGUGCAAGAGACAGAAGCAGAUUUCCAAACAGCUCCUUCCCAGUGGAGCAAGCAGCCCAGCCUCUGCCCCAGCCCCCACAGCUGCCUCUGUGCCCCAUGGAUCAACAGAGAGUGCUGCCACCCUCCUCCUCACCAGGACAGAGCGCGACCAGGCCAUCAGAGAUCUCCAGGCAGAGGUGUCGCGGCUCCGCCUGCAGCUGGAGGACAGCCUACACCGGCCACACCCAGGCAGCCCAACUCCUGCAGCCCAACUCGACCCCUCCACACGGACCCAGGACAAGCCGACGGAUUCCUCCCCCUCCUGGGCCUCCCACUAUGGCAGUAAAUCCACAGAGAGGUUGUCUGGGGAGCCUAAUGGUACAGAGCCAGCUGGGCCAAGAGGAAGACGGCGAACCAGGUCCUCCUCCGUGCCUCGGGAUGUACCCAGACUGUUCCUAAGUUCAGAAUCUGAAUCGCUUUCUCCUCGGCUGUCAUCUGGGAAGAGCAGGACCUUGGAAGAGCAUCCCCAGGUCGCACGGGAGGGGACAAGAUCUGCAGGCAGCAUGAGGCGGAAGGAAAGAGUCUCCUUCCGGGGCCAAUACACAGGUCAGGAGUACCACAUCCUGUCUCCCAAGACUGUCCUGAAGGACAGUGGCACAGCCUCCUGUCCCCACUGCCAGCCCAGUAGGACCCGGGACACAGGCAGUGCUGUCUCUAGAGAGCCCCCGGGACCGUCGGCUGCUGACACCCUCCGCUGUCCCCUGUGUGGGACAGUCAGGUCCACUGCAGAAGGAGAUGGCCCCACCUCAGGCCCCUUUGGGAGGAACACCCCAAGGAAAACUGCACCUUCCACCCCCAGUCCCAAACGGAAGAACAAGCAGAUGGGCUCGCCAGUACGACCGCUCCCUGGACUCUGGUACCUGGCUGCUGCAUCCCCAGCCCCACCAGCCUUGGCCUACAUCUCCUCGGCUCCUAUCAUGACUUACCCACCACCCACCGUGUACUAUACAACCCCAGCACCUACCUCAGCCCGGACAGCCUCCCCGCAGCCUGCCCGGGGAUCUCGGGGAACCCGGCACUCUGUCCAUCUGGGUCUGAAUGACCUAGGAGAGCUGCAGGCCGCACUCAGCGAGGCUGCACAGGCCGCUGAGAAUGUGCGCUUCACCACCCGCCAGCUGAGCCGUUCCCUGUCUGCGGACCUGCGCCACGCCCGUAGCCUGAGAGGCUCCUGCCUCUUCUGACUCCCUGGAGGCUCUGAGACUGAGUAGGCAGGCAGCCUCUGUUGUCCCCCAGGCAACAGUCUCCUGGAGCCAUUGAUGGCUGGAAGAUGUCAUGCCCCCCUCCUCAGGAGCUCCACCUACCUGCUCCAUGUGGCAUGUUUAAAAUGGAGAGACAUUGGCCUGGUCAGUAGUGGAUGAACAUCCAGGGGACCAGCUCUGUCUACCAGGUGCGGUGGUCAUGGCUACCUCUGUCCAAUCAGAGCCUCUAAGAUUUUCCUUGCCAUCCCCUUCUGCCCAUGUCCACCUGCAGCUAAUGAUAUGGAUCUCACUGAACAGAAUGUCUUUACACUGAGGAGCUAACUUGAGCUUGGAUCCUUCUCAGAAGGCCAGCGAGGACAAGGACAGCCUAAGGUUGCUGCGGCAUCCCUGUCACUGCCUGCAAUAGCCACGCUGAGGCAGGGAGAACCUGGCUAGGGAGUUCGUUCCUAGUACCCUGUGGACAGGGGAAGGACCCAGGGACCCAUAGAACAUCUUGGGAUGGAGGCCUCAGGUGACAUGUGCCCCGAUCUCCUGUGAUUACGAAAGUUUUCUCCCCAAACCCACAGAAUAAAGCCAGCCCAUGUAGGGCCAGGAAAGACCCGCCAGCCUCAGACCUCCCCGCUGUCUCUUUGGAUUUUGGUAGCAUCCACUAGAGAAUGACCUGUGGCUGAGGCUGACAAACCAGGCCAACACCCCCCCCCACCCCACCCCACCCCACCCCCGUCCCAUAGCAGAGUGAUCUCAGCAUUUUUGGAAUGUGUGUUUAUCACAGAUUGUUUAUAUAUUUUAGACAUUUAAAAAUCUAUUUUCGUUAUAAAAGCCAAUGAAGGAAAAUGAAUAAUGAUCUCAAGAAAGGGAAAAAUUCCCAAAGCUA